AUGACGGGCCCCGACCUCGACCAGUUCACCGCUGUCCUCCCCGACCAUCUGCACUGCCCCGUGUGUCUCGGCGCCGCCUACCCGCCCGUCGUCGCCUGCUCGCGCGAGCACAUCGUCUGCCACGGGUGCCUCGAGAGCAUGUGCAAGAAGGGCCUGCAGCCGCUGUGCCCGACCUGCCGCGAGCCCGUUCCGGCGACGCUCAAGAUCUCGCCCGGCUUCACGCGCGCCAUCGAGAGCUACAGCUACAAGUGCGACAAGGGGCAGUGCAAGUGGGUCGGCAGUGUCGGCGACGUCCCGCAGCACCUCAAGGACUCGUGCAAGUACCGCGAGGUCGAGUGCCUGUGCUCCGCCAAGUACCUCGUCAAGGACCGCGCCGCGCACGGCGUCGAGUGCCCUUUGACGUCGCUCUUCUGCCCACGUGGCGGCAAGGCGUGCUCGGGCGUCACUCGCAGCGGCAUGUUCCUUCGUCGCGACCUGGCGGCGCACGAGAAGGUGUGCACGAUGUACAAGUGCCCCUACAACUGCAACACGUACACGACCGCCGCCAACCUCGUCGCGCACCAGAAGAGCUGCUCGGCGUUGCGCCUGCGCAUCAAGUCGCUCGAGCGCAAGCUCGCCAUCAGCGAGGACCUCGUGCGCACGUACCAGGAACUCGGCAAGAAGCGGCACGCUGUGCAGAAGGGGGCGCAGGGUCGCGCGCCCGAGGGCAGCGGCGACGAUGACGUGGUCGUCGAGGAGCAAGGCCCGGCCAAGCGCAAGCGCGUGCGGCAGGCGAGCGCGCUCGAGAUCAUGACGCUCGAGUCGAGCGACGGCGACGACCUCGAGGCGCGCGUCCCGGGCGAGGCGAUGGGCCGCUCGGGGCGGCGCAGGGCGGCGUUCGGGACGAGGGGUCGCAGGGCGUCGUCGGGCAACCGCAAGGGCGCUCAGAGCGGUGGCGACCCGUCGCCGUCGUUGUCGGAGAAGGGCAUUGUGGUCGAGUGAGUCCCGCAUCGUCGUCGUCCU